CACACAAUGGCUUUCCCCAACUCAAAACCUAACCUCCUUCAAUCUCUUAGUCCCCUUAUCAAAUUUUUCAUCCCUUUCCUCUUGUUGCUACAACAUCAAAGUGUCAAGUCACAACAACAACCCCCAUCCCCAAUGUCAGCAUACGAAACCGUUGGCUUUGACUUCUCUUUUUUCGACAAAGAUGAUCCAAACGUACUUUUGAUCGGCAAUGCCUCAGUAUCUGGUGGGGCUCUAAGGUUAACCAACACCGACCAACUUGGCAAACCAGUUCCACACAGUGUUGGAAGAGUAGUGCAUAUCACACCGAUACACCUCUGGAACAAGAACAACGGACAUCUCGCAGACUUCACCUCUGAUUUCUCCUUUGUCGUGAACCCUAAGGGUUCAGCCCUUCGUGGUGAUGGCUUUGCCUUCUUUCUUACAUCAGCCAACCUUAACUUCCUGAUCCCCAAAAACUCAAGUGGGGGGUAUCUUGGUCUUUUCAAGCCGGAAACUGCACUGGACCCUUCUAAAAACCAAAUAGUGGCCAUUGAGUUUGAUAGUUUUACCAAUGAUUGGGACCCCAAUUCACCAAACCAGUCUCCUCAUGUUGGAAUUGAUGUUGACUCUAUUAAGUCAGUGGCAACUGUGCCAUGGCCUAGUGAACUUGAACCUGAUAAUGCUGUAGCACAUGCGAGCCUGAACUACAACUCCGAGGACAAGAGGUUGAGUGUGUUUGUGGGUUACCCUGACAAUAGGAAUGCCACUGUCUCUGCUAUUGUUGAUUUGAGGAAUGUUUUGCCCGAAUGGAUCAGUGUUGGUUUCUCUGCCUCCACUGGUGACUUGGUUGAAACACAUGACAUUCUUAACUGGUCUUUUGAAGCAGCCUUGUAGAUCCAGCGGCUCUCAGAGUUGAAGGAGAUUAUAUCCAUCGCUCCCUUUUAAUAAAAAUAAAACGUUUCCCUUUGUGGAUUCUGUCAAAGUUAUAAUUGUAUGGUUGUUGGUCGAGUACAUUGUUUCUUCCAUUAAUAACAUACCUUCCUCAUGUUUGUAUUAAA